AUGACAGGCUUUCGUUCUGCCCUGCAGGCUUUAAAUGUGAAUGUUGAACACACUCGAGCUAAGGACGAUGACCCUACAGUAUGUCCUGCUUGUCACAAGCGCCUGAGGACAACCCAAGGACUGGCUACUCAUCUUAGUACCGCCAAGUCUUGUAGAUGGUACAAGAAAGGGAAGCUGAGGGCUUUAACCCUUCCAGGAGAAUUCGCAGUUGAUGAAGAUGUACUGAUGCGAGACAUAAAUGAGCCUCUUCCUGAUGGACUGGAAGGACAAAUGGAGGAGGAACCAGGUCUCUCAUACCAUAAUAUUAGGGGAUUGCACAAGAUUGUCGACAGUGUACCUCUACGUGCUUGCUGGAAGACUCGUGAACUUUGGUUCAAGAAUGACCCAGAGCACACACAUAUCAUCUAUCAUCGGAAUCCGAUCGACACUGUCAAGACAUUACUUGGAAAUCCAGCACACGCAAACAAUAUUGUCUAUAGACCCAAGAGAGUUUUCAUGAAUGCUUCUAGGGAUAGUAGGAUCUACAAUGAGAUGUGGACUGGGGACUGGUGGAACACUGUCCAAGACAGACUUCCAGCAGGGUCUUGUGUGGCUCCAGUCAUCAUCGCCACUGACAAGACCCAGCUCACCCAGUUUGCUGGCGACAAGACUGCCUACCCUGUCUACCUUACCUUGGGGAACCUUCCCAGAGCCAUUAGACGGAAACCAUCCCAGCAUGCCUGUAUCCUUGUCGCAUACCUUUCUGUCAGCAAGAUGGUUGGCGAUGAGCUCAGCAAGAAACAAAAAUCCACCCGCAUUCAACAGCUCUUCCAUGACUCUAUGCGGAUAGUUUUGGAGCCGCUAAUAGAAGCAGGAAAAAGUGGUGUUGAGGUGACUGGAGGAGACGGUAAAGUGCACAUGGUGCACCCGAUACUAGCAUGCUAUGUGGCAGAUUACCCGGAGCAGUGCCUGGUAACUUGUGCUAAGUAUGGGACCUGUCCCAAGUGUGAGGUGGAUGAUAGCCAGAUGGGAGAUGGAGACCCGGGUCCAUGGAGGACCCAACGCAAAACCUCGAAGAUAAUAGAAGCUGCCAGGGCCAACUCUACAUCUAUCAGCAACUUUCAGGAGCGCUGCAAGCAGGACAAUGUAUCAGGAGGGGUGAGGCGCCCAUUCUGGGAGGUGUUCCCACAUUGUGACAUACACAUGACCAUCACCCCUGAUGUACUGCACCAGUUGUACCAGGGGGUGGUAAAGCACCUCAUCCACUGGUGCAGCAGCGUGAUGACUGAUGCUGAGUUGGAUGCUAGGAUUAGAUCACUUCCGCCUUGUUUUGGUAUGUGA